GGUCGGAGCGGCGGCGGCGGUGGUCCCGAUGGCCAAGUGGGGGGAGGGCGACCCGCGCUGGAUCGUGGAGCAGCGGGCGGACGCCACCAACGUCAACAACUGGCACUGGACGGAGCGGGACGCGUCCAACUGGUCCACGGAGCGGCUGAAGGCCCUCCUCCUGCCCGUCAGGGUGGAGGGCGAGGAGGGGGCUUGCGAGGUAACCGAAGUGAGCAAGCUGGACGGGGAGGCCUCCAUCAACAACCGCAAGGGAAAGCUCAUCUUCUUCUACGAGUGGGCCAUCAAGCUGGCCUGGACGGGCACCUCGACCACAGGAGUGAAAUACAAAGGUUACGUGGAGAUUCCUAAUCUCUCAGAUGAGAAUGACGUUGAUGAAGUGGAGAUCCUUGUCAGCCUUGCUAAAGAUGAGCCUGACACUAACUUGAAGACCCUGAUGAAGCAAGAAGGUGCAAAAAAAAUCAGAGAUGCAAUAAAAACUUACAUUAGCACUCUCAAAACAGAAUUCACCCAGGGCAUGAUAUUGCCUACAGUGAAUGGUGAACAUAUGGAAGCAGCACCUCAAGUGGCACCUAAAGCAAAAGACAGCAAGACGACUGCUAGCACCAGUACUGCCACAGCACAGUCCAAGUCCAUAGGAGUCAAGAUCCCUACGUGUAAGAUCAGCUUGAAGGACACAUUCUUAACAUCUCCUGAGGAGCUCUACCGAGUGUUCGUUACUCAAGAGAUGGUCCAAGCUUUCACCCACGCACACGCAGCCCUGGAGGCUGAUAAAGGAGGCAAGUUUCAGUUGCUGGAUGGCAGUGUCACAGGAGAGUUUGUUGACCUAGUCCCUGAGAAGCAACUUGUUAUGAAAUGGAGAUUUAAGUCUUGGCCAGCUGGGCACUUUGCAACAAUUACCUUGAAUUUCACUGACAAAGGUGGUGAGACAGAGGUGUGCUUGGAAGGCAAGGGAAUUCCUGCCAGUGAGGAGGAGAGAACAAAGCAAGGCUGGCAGCGCUACUACUUUGAGGGCAUUAAACAGACAUUUGGCUAUGGUGCCCGCUUGUUUUAAUAAUGGUUGUUGGAAAGACGAUGCGGACUGAUACAUUUCUCACCUCUCCUUUUCUAAUCUUGGCCCUGCUGCUGGGUAGAGUGGGAUGAUAGGUGAUGAGGAAAGCCAUUGAGCAGCACCACUUUCAGUCCCUCACUGCUUCAUGCAUGUCUCGUGCUGCAGGGGAUUCUCUUACAUGUACAUACUUCUAUUGCUAAAUAAACCUAACUUAAAAAAAAAA